GUAAUUAUUACGUCUUAAAGUCCGUCUGUGCCCUGGAAACGACAGAACCGUUAAAUAAGGUGGACGAUGGCUAGUGGAGCAGUAAAAGCGAGUCGUGAUAAAAAUUAUGCGGCCGCAAAAAUGAAUGUUGGUAUUUUAAAAAUUACGUCACUAGUUGACGUCCUAAGGGCACAAUGGUCCCUACCUUUCUUUUUGAUAAAGACUUUGAUACAGGAAUAAAAACAAAACAGUUUUCGUUUUGGUGCCAUCCUGUGAUGUCAUAUGUUGUCAUGAUGAUCCACCCAGUUUUCCUUUUACUUUCGAUCGCAAUCCAUGCCACCAGCGAAAAUGAUCAGAGUCGUGGAUCAAAGCACAAUUUCGCGCGAUUAUUCGACACAUUGUUAAAAUUACCAAAGAGAUCGGGACUGCGAGGGUUGGAUCCAUCGCAAUGGAACUCGGAAAUCCAUAAUUUGGACGACCGUCAAUUACAUUGGAAUACAAACCCGAGUGUGCAAAGUUCGAUUGUUCCGCUGGAUGAAACGUUGGAGACUCCGUUUCUUUUCAGCUUUGGACGCCAAAAUAGCGGAUGCACGUGUAAAGCGAUAGUGCUCGUUGAAGAAGGAUUUUGCAUAACCACUUGUUCCACAGCCGAGACUCAAUGCGGCCAAACCUGUACACGCACCAUAACCUUUUCUGGUUACACAAAAUUUGGUGAAUUGCCAAUUUAUCGGCAAUCUUCACAGAUAGACGAGAAAGCUUGCGAAAAGCUGGAAAUUGAUUGCAUCACGUCAUCGCUGUUGUCCAUGGCAAGCAGUUCGUCCGCAAUUGCAGCCACUGCGAGUGUCGUGGCUAAUAUCGCCCUAUCGGCCGGAAUAGCAGCCGGAAUCGCUGCGUUGGCAUUUGCUGCCAAAGAAAAAGAUAUGCAGAAUAAUGGAAACAAUUACUAUGAAACUGAAGAUCCUUAUGGAACAGAAGCGCAGUAUUCACAAGCCUACGCGAAACGCUACGCAAGGCGAUUGUUCACGCAAGUUGGGGACGAUAGCGGGAGCGAUGAUUUCAAUGCGCAAACCGAUAACAAACGGGCAAAAAAUCCUCUUACAGAGGAAGCGAGUGUUGAAGGGUCUAUUCACGCAAUAGACGAGACUUCAGAUGUACCCAAUUUUUUACGUGCUGGGAGACAAUCUGGAUGUGGGUGUGAUCCGUUCACGUGUUUCGAUCAAGCGUGCACAACGGAGUGUCUAUCCUUGUCACAGUUAUGCAAUGGAAGGCUUUGUACCUUGACUACGAGCGUCUCAACGUUUCUGUACUUGGCGGUUUUCACCAGCUUUAGCGCGGUAAACACAAAAGAUUGUGAUACACUUGAAAAUGCGUGCAGCGUGUCGUCCGCGAUGUCGUCCGCAAUUGCCGCUGCGUACGCAAGGUCCAAUGCGAUCGCAUUAAAUGCCGGAAUCGCUGGAGUUCUAUCAGCUGGAUUGGCUGGUGGGAAUAUUGCAGUAAUGGCCGUUUCCAACAACCAACAAACUGAUAACAACGUCAACAAUCAACAAAUCCGUGAUAAUAGUAACAAUCAAGUACCACAGCCCGGCAAUCAAACGCCUACGAACGACCUACCCUCCCCAGUGCCCGGAUCAGAUUUUCCGGAUGAUGGCAGUGGAACCAAUUCCAUUCAGUUCGAUGACGGAAAAAGCCAUCCACUUUUGACUCGAGGUCCCUGCAAUGGCACGAAUUUCUGGGUCACCGUCAAUCCUGUUACCUUAAAGGGAAAAUGUACUCCGAAACUCUGUGAAGACAAGCGAGUGUUUGUGGGUCGCACAGGUCUUUGUCACGACAUCAACGAUCCUCUCGAAUGCCAAGGAGGCAGACGUCUCUAUUACACAGCAUAUGGAGAUCCCAUUUGUGAUUGCCCCAUUGGAAAAUAUCCUUUUCCGAAUCCAAAAGAUAAUUGUGUUGCACUAUUCUCCCGAGGUCCUUGCCCGGCUGGACAAGUGAUGACCAUAAGUCAAGGUGGUCGACUGUUCUGUACCCCAGACGAGUGUCCAGUAAUCAACGGUGAAAACGAUUCACUGCAGCAGUUGGUACCAAACGACAAAGGAGACUGUUUCGCCCUAGGAUCAGUUGGACCCUGCUCGGCACCUCAGCUGUUGGGCUAUGACAUCUUUGAACGUCAGCUGGAGUGCGUCAACAUCACUGAUCCAUCCUCGCCUUAUUUUCCCCUAUCAUCCCAAGAAGGUGGACUGAUCGAUAGAAUCAUGCUCGAGGCAUUUAUGUCGUACCAGUUUCAUCCAGACGAUAACGACCUUCAUUUCGGACUAAGUCAACAAGCUAAACGAGGUAUAAUUAAGAGAAAAAUCCAACGACAAGAUGCAAACACAGCAGGAAUAUUUCAAUUGCCAAGUUCGUUACCUUAUCCUCUUCUGCAACCUUGUCGGACCGGAGCACGUCAGGGAGAAAAUUUCAAAUGCACCAAUCCUCUCAUAUCUGAUUCUUCGGCAACGGGACAGACCCUGCCCCCAGUUAAUCCCAAUUUUAGUUGUCCGGACAGCACAUUUUUGCAGGCAACGGGUCAAUGCGUCGAUGAUAGUCGCGCAACAAGCUGCGGGCCAUCAUUUCGAUUCAACGAGGCUACCGGACAGUGUCGAUCAGUUUUCUAGUUACCUAUUUGCACAGUUUUUUUCGGCCUAUUUCCCGCGAUCUUUAAGCCAUUAAAUGCGUUCCACCACUGUUAGAUUAAUUCUCACGAAUAAAACUCAUCCGUCUCACCUGUUUUCCAACCAUUUUCCUGCGAAAAAACAUCCAAAUCGAAUACACUGGGCGUUGUAAAUCUGAAUGCCUCACGAACACGUAAAGUAUACCAAUAGUUUCAAGGUAUUGUACACUCUUUUUUCUUCUUAACGUAUAGAAAUUGAUGGGGAAAUUCAGUUC